AUGGAGCUCUUCGUCCGCAGCGUCCCAUAUGGCGCUGAUGAACACCAAGUUACCCGCUGUUUAGAACCGAUUCUUCAUGGAGAAAAGUUCCGAGACUUGUUCGUCGGUGGCGCGCCCUAUAAUUUCAUGGUGCGCUUAUUCAAGAGCAAAAAGCACCAUCAUCAAAAUCACUCCGGGAAUGGGGCAUUAUUACUGCCCUCGGAGGGCAUUGGACAGCGCCUACUCGCCUUGAGCAGCAGUACAUGCCCGGUUGAAAUCCAUGGGCGUCGUCUCAAGUUCGAACCCAGUAGGAAGCCGGCAUUCAGUCAAGGGGACAUACUCAAAUUACGAGAACCAUAUCAAGAUCCAGAGAUACGACAGGAGCGCGAGAGGACACGUGCAGACCUCCUGAGAGCAGGUAUUCAUGCAUCCAGCGUUGCCUUUGGGUGGCCCUGCCAAGAUGGUUCCAUCUCUUUGGAGCAUGAGAGUCCAGAGAGCACGACCUGGGAUGUUCUGUUCAACCUAGACGAUCGCUGUAUCAUCCUGAAAUCGUCAAAGGAAAUCCGCAUUCUACUACAUCUUCGUGCUAUACAGUCCACUGCUUUGGACUCGGAAGGGGCCGUCCUAUGGCUCGAGCGACCCCCACUCUUUGAAAAGCAGCCAGAGGUGGAUAUGGACGCCAUUGGCGAGCUUUUUGCGAGCCUUUUAGAUCUCGAGCCCAGGCCACCAAUGAGGUAUCGCCUAUCAUCGCCAGGAGGUGACCCUUCGCGAAUUAUCCCCUAUCUGCGCGUUCUCUACAUCCGAUUUGACGAUUCUAUAUCCAGCCAGGAGUUUGAGCGGAGGGCGAAGAAGAUGGGGGUCUCCACCUAUAGUUCUGAUCACGAUCUGGAGCGCAGAGGCUUAUUCAUGCCUGGUAUUAUCGAGCGGUAUCAAGCCGCCCGCGCCCGAUUACCCUUCAAAGUUGCGUUCCAAGUCCAGGGUUUACUUAGCCGUUGUGCCUUCAAUCCUCAGGAGAUAUUGGAGAUACUACGUGACAUACAUGCGGCCCUAACGGAGCUUGGACGUUCAGCGACAGCGGAAUGCGUCAAGGCCUUGGAACAAGAACGAGAAGGAAACCCAGAGGCAACCCCAGCUGCCCUAUUUGCUGACGUUGUUCAGUCUUUCCGCACCAGUAACAACGUAAAGGCGAUGUCCGACGAAGAGCCUGGAGUGUUCGAAUGCCACAGGGCGACCAUCACCCCGAGUUCUAUAAUUCUUACCGGGCCACUACCGGACGAGACAAACCGUGUCAUUCGCAAGUACAGAAAGUAUGCUCACAAGUUUAUCAGGAUCGACUUCACAGAAGAAGACGGGUUGCAUUUGCGAAAGGAGAAGAAUGUCGACCUCGGCGCAAUAUUGGACGAUAGAAUUGGCGAAUUUAUGAAGAACGGUCUCCUCGUUGCUGGCAGACGGUUCGAGUUCCUGGCUUACAGCUCUUCCGCAUUAAAGGAGCAUGCCGUCUGGUUCAUGACACCAUUCACCACGAGCGACGGCCAGUAUGUAACGUCAGAAUCAAUACGGCGAUCCCUUGGAGAUUUCUCCAAAGUCAUCUACUGCCCAUCUCGAUAUGGAGCCCGGCUCUCUCAAGCAUUCUCGUCCACCGAACCAUCCAUCACGAUCAAAGUGAACGAGAUACGCUUUAUCCCUGACAAGGAGUCCGACCAAGGAUCGCUUUACACGGACGGAGUGGGAACAAUGAGCCCGCAGGUGGCUGAAGAGAUCUGGGCCAAGUAUACCGAACCACGCUCAAAAAGGAGCCGGCGUCGGCUCAAGACACCUAGCGCAUUCCAAAUCCGACUGGGCGGACUCAAAGGAAUGCUUUGCGUGGACAGUCGACUCCAGGGUCGAGUAGUCUGCGUCCGUGAUUCGAUGAACAAGUUUCAUUCCAAUGAUCGCGAGGUGGAGAUUGCGCGUGCCUUUGAUCGACCAAUGACAAUGUUUCUGAACCGGCCUUUGAUUAUGCUUUUGGAGACGCUAAAGGUUCCGCUAGAGCCAUUCAUGGCACUCCAGACCAAGGCUGUCGAGGAAACACGCGACGCAAUGAAAUCGUUUGACACUGCAGCUCGUCUCCUCGAGCAAUACGGUCUCGGGACAGCAUUCAGACUGACUUCUGUAUUCUUGCAGUUACAUAAACUCGACGUGGCCCUCGCACUCAAGGACCAAAGUCAGGGCUUGUUGCCGUUCCUGGGGAGGAUGCUCCAAUUCGUGGAAAACCAUAUACUUCGUGACCUCAAAUACAAAGCGAGGAUUCCAGUCCCAAAUGCUUGGACGCUCGUAGGAGUGAGUGACGAGUAUGACUACCUAGGAGAGAAUGAGAUAUACGCUCGAGUGCGUACAAUUGACGGCGAAGAACAAUAUCUUGAAGGACCCGUUAUGAUAUCACGCUCGCCCACUGUGCACCCAGGUGACGCUAGAAUGGUGUGGGCAAUAGGCAAGCCUUCAAGAGGUGCACCUCCCGGUCUCGAAGAUUUGACAAACUGUGUCGUGUUUCCGUGUAAAGGACAUCCUUCCUUGCCCCAGUGUUUGGCGGGAGGAGACUUGGACGGAGAUUUAUAUUGCCUUGUGCUCGACCCUCAACUGCACUUUAGGUGGCAGUUCCAGCAUGGAGAUUAUGAUCCUCCUCAACUCGUAACACUUGAUCGUCCGUCGACAAUCAAAGACGUUGCACAGUUCGUAAUCAACUACAUCAAGAACGACCUCCUUGGAGUGAUUUCGACGCGGAGUAUGCUGAUUGCAGACAUCAGAGAGGACUGCUUGGCCGACGAAGACUGUGUCAAACUGGCCAAGCUGCACUCUAUUGCUGUGGACUAUCCAAAGACGGGACGGCAUGUCGAGUUUGAGCAGAUGCCGUCUCUGGAAUCCAACCGAAGACCUGAUUGGCAUGCAAACGAGUUGAACGACAACGAUCCGGAGCUCUACCAGAGCAACCGGCACAUAGGUCAUUUGUUCCGCGCCAUUGAGCUUCCAGCGCUUCCUGAAGCGAGGAAAUUGGCACAUCGUCAGCGCCGACGGAUCCAACGGGACGAGGGAGAGGCUCUCAAUACCACUGACGUACUCCAAGCCCUCUCUCAUGACAAAUCCGUGGUCAGUCGCCAUCUUCGGCCAAAAAUCAAUACAUACGUCGACAUAGAGGAGUUUGUAGAAGGCCAGCCAACCAAUGUCGUCAACGAACUACUUGAUAUCUUUGACAGAUACUGGCUUGAGUUGCAGUAUAUAGCAAAGACCAACAGCUUAUCCAAUGCAACCGCCUUGUCAGAAGAAGAAGUUGUGGCAGGAUCAAUUGUCGCAAAGUGUUCACAACCGAGGAGACGCCAGGAUGUGAUCGCCGACAUGAGACGGUCGUCCACCUCGCUUUGUGAUCAAGUACGAAACAGUAUCGAAGGAACCGAGGACACCUCUGAGGAGGAUAAGCUCCUGAGGGCAUGGGUGGCCUGGAAGAUAUCCGAGAAGUAUCACCAAGCGUACGCAGCGAUGAGCUUUGGCAUUUUGGCUUUGGACACUGCAUUCAACGCAAUGCGUAAACUGGAUGGAUCCGACUGA